CAAGCCUUGUUUUACUCAUGGCAAUUACAUCGACAGCUCAAUCACAUGCUGUCUUUGCACUUUCCCUCACAGUCACAAUCCUCGCUUGCUUCGUCUCCCUCUCGGAAUCCCACCCCACCGGCGGCUUCUCCGUCGACCUCAUCCACCGGGACUCACCCAACUCCCCCUUCUUCAACCCCGCCGAAACGAUCGCCGUGCGCGUGAGCAACGCGAUCCGGCGGUCCGCCACCCGCGCGCACUCCCUCCACUCCCGAGCUUCAUCCGUUUCCGGUCGACGAAUCGGACUAUCCGAGAUAAUCAACACCAAUGGCGAGUACCUCCUCAACAUAUCCAUCGGAACGCCGCCGUUUUCGAUCUUCGCAAUCGCCGACACCGGCAGCGACCUCACGUGGACCCAGUGCCGGCCUUGCAAGCGCUGUUACAAGCAAAACUAUCCGCUGUUUAACCCGAGACGCUCCACCACUUACCGGCCCGUACGGUGCGGGUCGAGAACCUGCAGAGCUUUGGCCCAACCCGCGACUUGCUCUCGGCGGCGCAAAUCUGGGACCUGCCGAUAUUCGGUGUCGUACGGGGACGGGUCCUCCACAAACGGCGUCGUUGCGACGGACAGGAUCGCUCUGGGCACCUCCUCCCGCAGCGCCGUUUCGCUCCGGCAGGGGAUAUUCGGGUGCGGAUAUGACAAUAAGGUCCUUGGCAAUGAGGCCGGGUCGGGUGUGAUCGGACUCGGAGGCGGGCCCAGUUCCAUCAUUUCGCAAAUGGAUCCUCUAAUCGCCGGGAAAUUUUCCUACUGCUUGGUGAAUAUUUACCGGUCGGGAAAAUCCAGCAAGAUGAGAUUUGGAAAUGCAGCGGUGGUCUCGGGGCAUGGGGCGGUCUCCACUCCCUUAUUUUCUCACCCGGGGGACACUUUCUAUUACUUACGACUAGAAGCGAUCACGGUCGGAAACAGAACGAAAGCGGAAUAUUCCGACAGUUUUGCUUCUUCUUCUUCUUCUUCUUCGGCGACGGCCGGUAACAUUGUCAUAGAUUCCGGUACGACGGUGACGCGUCUGGCAACGCCGUUUUACCAUAAACUGGUGGCGAUGGUGAGGAGUGUGGUUCGUUUGCCGCUGGCGGAAGACCCCAGCGGGCUUCUCGAUCUCUGCUUUAGCUCAGUGGAUGUGGUGGGACCCAAACUGAUAGCGCAUUUCGCCGGCGGCGUGAAAGUGGUGUUGAGGCCUUUGAAUGUGUUCGUGAAAGUGGCGGAUGAAGUUCUGUGCUUAGCGUUUGCGCCGUCAGACAAUCUGGCAAUAUGGGGGAGCUUGGCACAGAUGAACUUCCAGAUAGGGUAUGAUCUGAAGAAGAGGACGGUGACUUUUAAGAGGGCAGACUGCGUCAGGGUGUAGUGGGAUUUGCACGCAUGUAUGCGUCCUUGUAUUUUAUGUUUAACCUUUUUUCUUUUUUCUUUUUUCUGCUUCUGAUUUGCCUUUUAAGUUGUUGUCUGUUGUGUUCAAAUUAAUUAAUUAAUCAAGGCAACCAACUUUUAAGAAUGUUGGAUUGGAAUAAAUUGGAAAUGUUUAGUUUGGAAUGUGAAUAAUGGAUGAGAAUGUAUUCGGG